AUGGGCGGCAAUUGUUUUUUACUGCUGAAUAUAUUGACCAUAUGAUGAAUAGGAUGUAAAUAUUUUCUUUUCUCUUUUUGUGUCUGUUUUGUUAUGAACAAAGAUCAUUUGUGAAAUUAAAAAAGGAACUCCUUAAACAAACAAGUUUUAUUUGUUUGUACAAACUCUUGCUCCUCCUCCUUGUCGAUCACAAAACCGGAAAUUGAAACUGAAACGAGCGAAACAGAAACUUAAAAUCAUUAACCGACAUUUUAACCGUUGCCGUAUUCAGCUUUAUUUUUUACCAAUCGUUAUGAGUUCACUCCAUAUCAGUCUCCUCCACUCCCCGCUGGGAAGCUCCGUGACCUGGUGUGCGGACCCUCCUCUGCUCUCUGUCCGCCAGCGAACGGGGUCAGUAUCCCAGAGCAGGUCCGGCACCGAUCGGUUGAGCGUCGGACCCAAGAAUCGUCAACCCCGGGUUAUGUCCCUUCUCAGUCUCCGGAUAUUUUCACUCGUUCGCCUUUUCUCGCUUCUGCUCCAGCCUGGUGUGAUCGGUGCCGAAGCUGAAAGGGAAGAAGUGGUUGGUGUCCUUGGUUCAUCAGUUUUACUGGAUCCUGAAAUCACCGUUGAUUCCAGCAAGAAUGAUAUCCUUUGGACUUUCAAAGCCAGCAACAAAAGUGAUGAUAUGAUUUUGGAUCACAUCCCAGGCGUCGCCACAUGGGAACCAAGUGAGCAGUUCAAGGACCGUUUACAAUUCAACGCUUUGAGUGGUGCACUGACGAUAAGCAGAUUAAAUGCCAGUGACCAAGGAGAUUACACCUUCUCUGUUGAUGGGAAAGAGUUGAAAAUAAUGGAGUUGCUCGUCAUUGAUAAAGUUAAAGAAGAGGUUGGUCUCCUUGGCUCAUCAGUUUUGCUGGAUCCUGAACUCAAAGUUGAUCCCAGCAAGAGUGAAAUACUUUGGACCUUCAUCAGCAGGAACAUUUUGCAUCAUGUCCCAGGUCACAGCUUAGUGGAACUGAGUGACCAGUUCAAGUUUCGUCUGCACUUUGAUACUUCUAAUGGUGCUCUGACUGUGAAUGGAGCAGAAGAUGGUGACCAAGGAGAUUACACCUUCAUUGUGGAUGGAGAAGAGCUGAGAAUAAUACAACUGCGCCUCUUUGAUAAAGAUAAAGAAGAGGUUGGUCUCCUUGGCUCAUCGGUUUUACUGGAUCCUGAACUCAAAGUUGAUCCCAGCAAGAGUGAAAUAGUUUGGAUGUUCACCAGUAGGAGCAUUUUGCAUCAUGCCCCAGGUCACAGCUUAGUGGAACUGAGUGACCAGUUCAAGUUUCGUCUGCACUUUGAUACUUCUAAUGGUGCUCUGACUGUGAAUGGAGCAGAAGAUGGUGACCAAGGAGAUUACACCUUCAUUGUGGAUGGACAAGAGCUGAGAAUAAUACAGCUAAGCCUCUUUGAUGAGCUGUCAGAAGGUUCCAUAUUGCCCAACAUCGAAUCACUGGGUUUCACGGUCGAGCUCACCUGUGAUGUCACUGGAGAUUCGAAUGUGUAUCAGUGGCAAAAGAAUGGAGGGGAUAUCUCCCAGCGUCACCAACUAACAGAUGAAAACAGAACACUUGUUAUCCCAAGCGCUUCAUCUGAAGACUGUGGAGUGUACACCUGUAUCACAACCAAUCCCGUCAGCUCCAUCCAGACAAACCACACCUUAAUGUUGGGAGGGCUUUCCCUCAAGGACAUUAUAAUGAUUGCUGUAUUGACAGCAGGACAGGUGAUUUCUGCACCAUCUCUUCAUUCAGCAAUAUUGCCGGACCAGUGGAGGUGGAAAACCCUCAGAGGACGUCUGGGAUACAGAUUUUAUUUUCUAAGCCUGUGGAUCUGUAAUACUUUGUCACUUACCACCAUGUACAUUGUGUUAGUGUAUUGGUCUGUGGUUGCAGGCUUUUCACCGCUGGACUUUGUAGUGAUUGCUGUGAUGAUCAUAGGAUUGCAGCUUUCUGCAUUUUAUAUCAAUGAACUUCGAUUUGUGACCGAGAUCAGGGAAUUACUGAAAGGUUCUCACGCAUUCAGAAUUUGGAGGAUAUUGAAAGCCGUCUGUGAUAUUGUCCUCAUCAAUUGUUUCAUCAUUGCCUGGAUCAUCAGCGCUACGAUAUUCGGCCUUUCCACCACGGGAAUUGUCAGUAUCGUCUUGUCAAUCGUACUGCCAAUUGCAUUCAUUUCAAUUUGGAUGUUUCGGUACAUUAAAGUGCUUUUGGGCGCAGGUUAUUCCAUCAAGGACACUAUAAUUAUUGCCUUGCAGAUGUUGCCAUUGGUGAAUGUUAUGAUUCUGUUUUACUUGAACUGCACGAAGAAGUUUCAUUUAGUGUGGGGGGGCGCCUACGCUAGUUUCUUUAACCUGAUAUUCUUACUUGGCAUUUCUGUCAGCACUGCGAUUCCAGGUUUUUACAGCAAGGACACUGUAACGUUUGCUGCAUCAAUCACAAUGGCGGUGUUGCUUCUAGUGGCUUUUAUUCCAUUUGUGAUUUUUUGGUGCACAGUUGACGAAGAUAGAUUUCAAAGAUGGAUGUCUGUCAGUAAUGUUGGUUUUCUCAUUAUCAUCGUCAUUGCUACAAUUUCCUGGAUGGUGCUUAAAGGCCUCGGACGAGAGGAUGUAGGAGUUGCCGUUACAUCGAUGGUGGGGCUGGUGUUUUCUACAGCAUAUGCUAUUAUAUUCAUGUGCUGGUCAAGGAAAGGAUCUCCAGAAGACAAGCAGUGGUGGUGGUGCCUGAAUAUUUGUAACAUUGUGGCUCUUGUCUUCAUCCUCAUUGCCCUCCUUUGCUGGAUUGUGUCUAAAGAUCAAAGCUGCAAGAUCAACAUUCCAAUCUGGAUCAUAUUGACUGUAUCAGCAAUCACAUUUGUGAUAGCAUUAUCCAGAUUCUUUCCGGUUUGCAGCAGGAACGAAGGAACUAAUGAGAACAACCAUGGUGAAACAGAACAGGAUCAUGGAGAAGUGCAGGAAUUACAAACUCUCAGCCCAGGUCAUGAAGCCGAACCUGAAAAUCAUCCAGUCAGUUAAAAGGGACACGACAGCCUUCAGUUCCAGAGGUGACUGUGAGGGCAGGUUCUGUGUCCCUGCUGUAGACUGGAGCCUGGAAAAUCCUUCCCUCCAACAGUGGGAACAUGGUGCUCUGCAGCUGUAACUUGUCUUACCCUGAGUGAGAACAAUACUGCACUCAUUUCAGCUCUCAGCUUCCAGUGAGAAAUUCAAUCCUUGAUAAUCUGGCAGGAUUCUCAUUGGCACCGGAAGCAUUUUAAGGAACCAUGAAAGAGGAGCCCAGAGGGGCUCGGGCCACAAGACCUUAUGGGUUUGUCUCUGAUUUAGAUCACUGGAAGGUGCAAUAACUACAUAAUAUGUGCUUCAGAAGACAGUCCUGACUGCAAUCUGGGACAUCAAAUGCAGGCUCCCACUCACAGUUCAACUGCUUUGCCUGAUGAAGACAACCACAAUCAGGUUUAUUGUCACGGUGUUAUGAGAUGAAAUUUGUUGUUUUGUGACAAGAUCACUGCCUCUCAGAUUCCUCGCCUUGGGAUCAUUCAUUGCUGAUCUCUACCACAUCUCACACUUUACUCCUUGCUGCUGCCUGGCUGUAGCCCUGGAGGGUCACCAAGGCCCCCUUGUACAACAAGCUCCUCUUGUGGUUAAUGUUCCCCACCAGGAUGACAAGGUCUCUCUGAGUCCCUCUCCUUUCCCAUCAUUUCCAAUCUGUUUGUGAAGCAGUAACACUUCCUAUUACUUGUAUUUGUUUGUGCCAUCGAGGCUGACUUCCCCUGUCGUAGCAGAGAGGUGAAGUGCUGGCAGCUGAGAGAGAUCAAACAGAACAUCCCAAUGUCACCAUUUUCACUCCCGGCCAUGGCAUUGCUCUUCCAUCACGUCGGUGUUACAGGAGUUACCCUUUGUACCCUCACAGUGGUCAGUUGGAACUGGAGUUCCUCUGUUCACCCGUUUACUGGAAUCUGUGCAAUGAAAUCACCCGGCUACAGUUUCAGGACAAUAAUCCCCAUUCAUACACGGAUCGUUAACCCUGAGUAUAAUAAUGAGGCCGGCAUCAUCCAACUCGGAGUGACGCAUCAGUGAUGAGCAUUUUCUUCAUCAAUCCACAAACAUCGAACUAUUACUCCUGGGCCAUCCUGAGAAGGGUCACAGAGUCACACAGCACAGAAACAGGCCCUUCGGCCCACCAAGUCCAUGCUGACCUUGUUGCCCAUCACACUGAUCCCACUUGCAAUCAUUGUGGGAUCUACGUCAAAUCUGUCAUUUUCCUGCCCAGACUGUCUGCUGUUAGUCAAACUGAGGACAGUGUGUAUACGCCAUCCCACCUUUGUGUUGUUGUAUCAGACUAAACCAGUGAAUCCAAGCCCAGAAAUCCUUUCCAUUUUGUACAAGUAUUAAAACUGCCCUGGCUGUUGCACUAAUGCUGUUAUUAGAAAUCUCAUAAAGAUUGUGAUUUCCCCAGUGCUAAUACCAGGUACAGCAUUUCCUCACAAAAUCCCUCCCAUUUCUGUACAGAGCAGUGAAACUGCAAUAAAACCCUGAGUUUGAAUGUUGUAUUGGAGGGUGAUUUUGGGAUAUUUUAAUCCUAUACUGUAUGUAUAGGUGUACAUUUGUAUUUUAAACAUAUUGCCUGAUGCCUCUUUAUGAUCAUUGCUGAUUAAAUAAACCACUUCUGUUUUGCUGUUGGUGAUAAUUCUU